AUGACCCAACCUAUAUUGCUUCGAGUCUCAAAUUUCAAAGCCUACGUGUGGGAUGUUGACGAUAUCAACAUCCUACGAUCACAUCAUCAUAUAUGUGGCAUCCUCACUGGGACUCUUCCGCACCUGUCCUCGCAGAAUAUAUUCUUGGGAUUACCUCUUCAGCUGAUGCCGGAGGAGGCUGUCCUUCUCGUCGAAAAUGGAAUUGCCGCGUUAGUAGACGACCCCAGCGCCCAUCGCACCCCGUCUGAAUCAGCCCUGAAACUAUGGAAAGAAGCACGCCUCAACGAUGCAAGGCAACAAAUAGCUCUAACUGAAGAGAAAGGGUCCAUCGAAGCUUCUAACCCUGACCGUGCCAUGUCUGAAAAUGCAAAGCGCAAGCGCAAAGAACGAGAAGAGCGUCGCACACGUGCGAAGGCCAAUGCCACUCCCAGCGUUCCUGCAGAAAAUAACCCAUUUCCUCAUCCCACAUCUGAAAAUCCCUCACAGGCUGUCAUCGGAGAAGGCCCAGACAGCGCUAUUGUAAUGCCCUCUGGAUCUUACACCGUCAACAUUCCUGCGUCCUCAUCCAAGUUGGAAUGGUACGUGCCGCACUCCAACGCGUCCUUAACUGUCGCACGCGAAGCUGGUAUAUGGCUCUAUCCCUCGACCCUACAAGAGCGCGCACGCUGCGGCGUCUUUCGCGACUUGUGGGAGAAAGGAUAUUACAUGGGAGGGGGGAUCAAAUUUGGUGGCGAGUACCUAGUCUAUCCUGGCGACCCCCUCCGUUAUCAUUCGCACUUCGUCGCAUCGGUCAUCGAGGCUCCUAAUGCCGCUCUCCGCCCAAUGGAAAUUGUCGCGCAUGGCCGUCUGGGCACCGGGACAAAGAAGGCGCAUUUGCUGUGUGAAUGGAAUGAUGAAACACGAGUUGUAUCAUAUUUAUCUGUCGAAUGGGCAGGAUUUGGAUGA